GGCACCGGGACGCAGGCUUGUGACGCGCCGUCUGCGCGCCGUCGGUCCCUGGUCCCAUAUGGAGGAUGAGGACUGCCCCGAGCUGGUGCCGAUAGGCGUCGUGCGGGACAGCGAGCCUGACUCCGGCAGGAAGAUCCCCGUGACCAUCAUCACGGGCUACCUAGGUGCUGGGAAAACAACUCUUCUGAAUUACAUUCUGACUGAGCAACAUAGUAAGAGAAUUGCAGUGAUACUGAAUGAGUUUGGAGAAGGGAGUGCACUGGAGAAAUCCUUGGCAAUCAGUCAGGGAGGAGAACUCUAUGAAGAAUGGCUGGAGCUAAGAAAUGGCUGUUUGUGCUGUUCAGUAAAGGACAAUGGUGUGAAGGCUAUUGAGAACCUCAUGCAAAAGAGAGGAAAAUUUGACUAUAUAUUGUUAGAAACAACUGGUUUGGCAGAUCCAGGAGCUGUGGCCUCCAUGUUCUGGGUUGAUUCUGAGCUGGGAAGCGACAUAUAUCUUGAUGGCAUUGUAUCUGUUGUUGAUGCGAAGCAUGGAUUGCAGCACUUGACAGAGGAGAAGCCAGAAGGUCUUGUCAAUGAAGCGUCACGGCAGGUUGCUCUAGCUGAUCUUAUAAUCAUCAAUAAAACAGAUUUGGUUUCGGGGGAAGAAUUGAAUAAAGUCAGAACCUCUGUCAGGUCAAUAAAUGGACUCGUCAAAAUUUUGGAGACACAAAGGUCAAGAGUUGAUCUUUCCAAUGUGCUGGACCUGCAUGCUUUUGACAGUCUGUCUGGAAUAAGCUUGCAGAAAAAAAUUGAGAAUAUGAAGACAACACAUUCACAUCUAGAUAAGGGCAUAAUGACAGUAACAUUUGAAGUCCUGGGAAAUAUUAAGGAAGAAAACCUAAAUCUCUUCAUACAGAAUCUCCUGUGGGAAAAGAGUGUGAAAGAUAAGGCUGGACGUACCAUGGAUGUCAUAAGACUGAAGGGACUCGUAUCUAUUCAAGGCAAAUCUCAUCAAGUGAUAGUCCAAGGUGUCCAUGAGCUCUAUGAUCUGGAAGAGACUGCAGUAGCAUGGAAGGAAGAUGAAAAAAGAACAAAUAGACUCGUUUUAAUUGGUAGAAACUUGGAUAAGGAGAUCAUCAAAGAAGUAUUCAUAGAAACUGUGACAGAGAAGCAUGAAAAUAGUUGACACUGGAUAUAAACAAGAUUAAAAGUCUUGUGCUUAACUCUGCAAGCUUUUUAUGACAAGAAGGACUGAAUGACACACAGUGCAGUAGUCCCUUUUUCUUCUUCCAACCUACUGGACAGUUAAACUCUCAAGUCCUGCUAAGAAUCCCUGCUCACCUACUGUUAAAAGAAUAGCUCUUCUGGUCUAGAAUCAAACACAAAAAAAUUCUAGCAUUUUGAGUUAGGCUUAAUUUAUGCUGAUGAAUUCAUUUAGCAUUGCAAAAGUACAGAUAGGGAAAAGACUUGUUUCUGUUGUAUGUUGAAAAAGGCCAUAAAUUACAGUAGGUAUAUGUGGUAAGGAUGUUGGAAAACUAUUGCUUUUUUGCUGUAAUGAUCUCUUAAUAAUAAAUUAGUAUUGAUUUUUGCCAGUCAUGUAAUCACAGAAAAAAGUAUUUAGUAUUUCCUAUUAAACUUUCUUGCUUA